CAGUGACAUAUCUAAUAUCAUACCAAAAUCAAACAAACGCGCGUCUAAGGUGUGUUUAUGUCUAGAAAUCAGAUUGUUUAAGUUAAAUUGUAUAAGAAUAAGUAUUAAAAAGUAAACAUAUUGGAUAUGGGUCAAGGCAAAAGUCAAUUCACUGAAGAAGAACUGCAGGAUUAUGAAGACCUGACAUAUUUCACCAAGAAAGAAGUGCUUUACGCCCAUCAGAAGUUCAAAGCCUUGGCCCCAGAAAAAGUAGGGCACAACAAGAAUGCUAAACUGCCAAUGGCAAAAAUCUUACAAUAUCCAGAGUUAAGAGUGAAUCCGUUUAGAGACAGGAUCUGCAAGGUCUUUAGCUCCAGCAAUGAUGGAGACUGUACAUUUGAGGAUUUCCUCGACAUGAUGUCUGUUUUCAGUGACAAUGCACCAAAGGCUGUCAAAGCUGAACAUGCCUUUAGAAUAUUUGAUUUUGAUGGUGAUGAUAUGAUAGGGGUCUCAGACCUUAGGGAAGUGAUAGAACGCUUGUGUGGACCCGAACUGAAGCUCAGUGAUUCUGAGAUACAACAGUUAGUACAAAAUGUUCUAGAAGAAGCGGAUCUUGAUGAUGAUGGUGCAUUGUCAUUUGCAGAGUUUGAACAUAUCAUUGAUAAAAGCUCAGAUUUUUGCCAAUUAUGGCCAUGGUGUCCUAUCUCAGAGGUAAUUUCCCUUGCUACUAUGCAAGAACGGGCAAUCCGACACAAGCAAGGCAGUGUACACCCUUCUAUCUUCCUAGCUCAGGGUUGUUAGCUCUUUCAGGAUAAGACUGUGAAGAAGCUCCAAUCAAUUUUGAUAUUAUUAUAUUUGAUAUUUAGUAGAAGCAUAUAUAAUAAUCAACAAUGUAUCUCUCACCUUCGAAAAUUAGAUUAAAUUUAUUCAAAUAUUUAAAGAAAUUAAUGUUCUCAACAACAUUGUGAUGUCUUCCUUAGUUUAAUUAUUUCUUUUAGAUAAAUAUAUAAAUGUUUAUGAUCUUCUCAAUAUUUGUGUUGUGAUGUAUUUAAAAUUAUUUAUUACAAGUUAUUGUACUUGAUCAAAA